AAAAAAGAGACGGCUCAACGCCAGCAAUACCUCACCCCAGAGGAAGAGACAGCUCUCGUUUCGUUUCUGCUACUAAUGACCUCUUUUAGGAGACCUAUCUGAAUAAAGUUUUUACCUUCGCUAGCCUUUUGUAUCACCCGCCAGCGGUCUAACGUUCUGACGAAUAACCCACGCAAACCUCCGGGCAAGAACUGGGUUCAAGCCUUCCAGGAACGCCACCCAGAACUGAAAGCGAGAAACGUCAGAGCGGUCGACUGGAAGCGUCAUGAGAAUAACAUGUAUGAUAAGAUGGUAGAAUGGUUUGAGGCGAUCAGAAAGGUACUACAGGAUCCGGCUGUCCUGCCGGAAAAUGUCUACAACAUGGACGAGACGGGACUGAUGCUGAGCAAGCUCGGGUCCAUUAAAGUCUUCGUAGGUAAGGAUGAUCCGCGUGACUAUAGAGGUGCAGGUGUUAAGCAGACCAUGGUGACCCCCAUUAAAUGUAUUAGUGGAGACGGCAGGUGGCAUUAUGCGUAUAUAACAACUCCUAUAUUAGCUUGCAGUAGCUUAAGCAGGUAUUUGACCGCGAGACCAAAGAACUAGCCAAAGGGAAACCACAAUUACUAAUCUGCGACGGCUUCAGGACACAUGAAACGCUCAAGGCCUUGGAGUUUUUGCUUUAAAAACAAUAUCGUCUUGUGUCGCCUCCCCUCUCACACCUCUCACAAG